CCUUUUUCCUAAGGCUGAGAGAUCAGAGUUAAGGCCAGACACAAAGGCUGCAUUAAAAGCUCCUGAUGCCCCUGGGGUAAAAGUAUCAAGCCCAGAAUGUUCAGUAAAUAUCUGAAGGAGCCUAUGUUGGUAAUCAUAAAUACUUUAAUCUUUAUUCUGUAGACAAGAGUGGAUUUUUGUCCAGUCUGUUAUAGGGGGAAACGUAUAAAGUAAUUCCUUCCCUUUUUUUCAGGCUUCUUGGAGCAAAUUACCAGCUGCCUUACUUGUAUCUAAGGCUAGACUAAGUUGAGGAUGUUUCCAAUCAUCGUGCUCUGACCACAAUUGAGUAUCCCCAGGGCUUGUGAACAUGUGAACCAACUGAUAUAAAUCAGACUUUAGCAAAAUGAGUUGGUACCCUAGCAACUUCCAAAGGUGCAAAGUCUGUCUUCUUGUGCAAGAUGCCUAUGGGCUGCUUGGUGAAGUGCACAUGGAGGGCGCCAUGUUGAAGGCAAGACAGUUGGAAGGGAAGUCCUGUAGUCUAGUGGGAAAGAAGAUUCUGCAGAAGGCCACCAGAGAAAGGACAGUGGGGCUUUUUAGUUUGAUCGACACCAUAUGGCCUCCAGUGAUGCCUCUGAUAACCACUGGCCAAAGUCAGCCUCAUGAAGAGGUACAAGCUGAUCUGCCUCCUCCUAGCUUCUGUUACAUUUUCACAGCUCAUCCAAAUCUGGGGCAAAUUGAUAUAAUUGAGGAACACCCAAUUUCUAAGCUCUGCCAGCCUCCAGUCUCCCACUGCUUAAAGGACAUUCUCCAGGCUGGUGGUCUUGGUAUGUGCUGCACCUUCUAUGCCAGAGUGAUCUACCAAAAACCACAGCUCAAAAGUUUCCUUCCUGUGGAGCAAAGGGAGAUUUGGCUGAUGGUGACUGACAUCACCCAACAGGCAAAUAAUGAGAGUUGCUCUAGCCUCCCCAAAACAGUGCCCAUCUUUGUGACCUCCUCAUGUGUGCUGGGCCCAGAAGUCCUGGCAGCGCUCAAUGUGGCUGCCCCUCACAGCAUCCUCUUCAGGGAUGCUCUGCAAGACCAGGGUAUUCGUAUUGUUUGUGUGGAACGAAGUGUCCUCUUGCUUCAAAAGCCCCUUUUGUGUGUGGUCUCUGGUGCUUGUACCUCUGACCUGAGAGGCCCAGUGAGGCUGGAUGAGCUAGGUUCCAGAACUCAAGCAAACUCCAUUUGCAGUGUUCAAGGCACUGUGGCUGGUGUGGAUGAGAGCACUGCUUCUUCGUGGCCUGCUUGUGACUGAUGUGGCAAUGAGAGAUUGGAACAGAGCCCAGAGCACAGAGGAAAAACCUUUUACUGCGGCCCGUGUUCCCAUGUUGUGACAUGUCCUGCUCUCAGAAGGCACCUGCAGGUCUUCUUGGACUGCCCCUCCAGAUCUGGGUGCUCCGUGAAGGUCAAGCUCCUGCAGAGCAGUAUUUCCUCCCUUCUACGGUUGGCCACCUGUGAGGAUGGGAGUUACGAAGUGAAGAGUGUCCUCGGAAAGGAGGUGGGGCCGUUAAACUGCUUUGUCCGGUCCAUAGCCAGCCACCCGACAAGCUGCGUCAGACUAGAGGAAAUUCAGCGCCUCAGUGCAGGGAUAGCCUCUGCAAGGCACCCUCUGCUGCCCGAGAGUCUGUGAACUUUGCAGUGUGGCUGUAUGGGUACUUGGUGG